UCCGGCCGGUGACGAAACUGUGACGUCACUCUGCUACGUCCUUGCGCAACUGAUUGAAAAACGGACUGACAGACGGACAGACCAUCAAUGACAGUAUGGCGAACAGGGAUGACGAAUAUGAUUUCUUAUUCAAAGUUGUGCUGAUCGGAGACUCUGGGGUGGGCAAGAGCAACCUGCUGUCGCGCUUCACCAGAAAUGAGUUCAACCUGGAAAGCAAAAGCACCAUCGGGGUGGAGUUCGCCACCCGCAGCCUGCAGGUGGACAGCAAGACCAUCAAGGCUCAGAUUUGGGACACGGCCGGACAGGAACGCUACCGAGCCAUCACCUCGGCGUACUACCGGGGCGCGGUGGGCGCUCUGCUGGUGUACGAUAUCGCCAAGCACAUGACGUACGAGAACGUGGCGCGCUGGCUGAAGGAGCUGAGGGACCACGCCGACAACAACAUCGUCAUCAUGCUGGUGGGGAACAAGAGCGACCUGCGACACCUCAGGGCCGUGCCCACCGACGAGGCGCGGGCCUUCGCCGAAAAGAAUACGCUGUCGUUUAUUGAGACAUCAGCGCUGGACUCCACAAAUGUCGAAGAGGCCUUCAAGAACAUAUUAACAGAAAUCUACCGCAUUGUCUCCCAGAAGCAGAUGGCCGAGCGCUGCGCGCACGACGAGUCGCCAGGCAACAAUGUGGUGGACAUAAGCGUGCCGCCAACCAGCGAUGGCCAUAAGGGGCCCAGAGUGCAGUGCUGUCAGAACCUGUGACCUUCAUCAAUUAUCAUAGACCUUCAUCCUCAUCCUCCACUAUGAGGUCGCCUGGAACGAGCACUUUUUUUUUCCCUCCUGUCAUUGAAGAAACACGAAUGUCGACUGAACCGUGCAUUUCAGCGCAGCGCAUUCGAAUGGCAGUCAAGCAGUAUUAGUGGCUCCCUCCCUGUGUCCUUUUGCGUCAUGCCAAAUAUAUUUAUAAACAUUCUCGUUAUGUAUUUAUUUGAA